AUCUCUCCUGCUGCGGUAUUGUAUUCUAGUAAACCCCCCAGCAUGUUAUCCUGUGUGUCCAUCCCGGCAUGUUAUCCUGUGUGUCCAUCCCCGUCAUGUUAUCCUACGUGUCCAUCCCCAGCAUGUUAUCCUAUCCUGCAUGUGUCCAUCCCCCGUCAUGUUAUCCUACGUGUCCAUCCCCGCAUGUUAUCCUAUGUGUCCAUCCCCGGCAUGUUAUCCUACAUGUGUCCAUCCCCGGCAUGUUAUCCUACGUGUCCAUCCCCGUCAUGUUAUCCUACGUGUCCAUCCCCGGCA